CGUGGGAUAUUGGCAACUCCGUGCAGGACGCGUUUGUCAUCGCCGUGGAGGAGCACGCGCGGGAACGUCUGCAGCGCUUGGCGGCCCUGAAUCGCGUUACGCCCGUGGAUAUAACACAGCUUUCCAAAAAGUUACUAACUACGCUUAACGAUGACGUCAUUGUGCAUCAGUCCGACGAUUGCCUCGGCCUGCCAUAUAACACAACUGCAACAGCACCACCAAUAGCUGGAACUAGCAGCAGCAACAUCAUCGGCAGCCAGCAACAGUUGCUCAGCACCGCAGCCGCCUUUGACCUGCAGCAGCAACAACUACAACAACAACAACAGCUGCAACAGCAACACAGUCCCACAAGUAGCAUAUCAAAAGGAAGAACUGAACUCUUACUUGGUGAUCAAUUGCUGCGUCAAGAAUCGAGGCCGCGUCGCCGUUCUGGCUCCAGCAUUGUGGUCAUUGAUGGCGAUGAUCUGAAGCCAUGUCUGCCGGAUGAUUACAUAAGUGGCCAGCAUCAUCAUUUGCAUCAUCAUCAGCAGCAACAGCAGCAGCAGCAGCAUUAUCGCACGCACUCAAGUGAUAUUAGGGAGAUUGACCAGGAAAUGCUGACCAUGCUGUCGAUGAAUCAAGAUAACGGUCCACAUCGCGAGAUGGCCGUCGACUGUCCCGAUACGUUUAUAGCACGGAAUAAGACGCCACCCAGAUAUCCGCCUCCCCGUCCGCCGCAGAAACACAACACCAACCACACAACAAUCACCAGCAUCACCAACAACACCAACAACACCAACAGCAUCACCAAGAACACAACUAAAACUAAAAAUGAUCAUGCUAACAAAUUGUUAAUUGUUGCAUAUCAUUCUUCACAUCAACAUGAACAACAACAACAAUAUCAUCAUCAACUACAACAACAACAACAACAACAACUACACUCAUCAAAAACAACAACAACAACUACAACAACAAUUGCACUCGAUGUGGCCACACAAAAUUUGUACAAUCAAAAACAACAAACCAAAUUGGAACAAAUCGAAAACUAUGAAAACGAUCUACAAACGGAUCAGCAACAACAAUCGCAGCAACUGGCAGCAACAGCAGGAACAGCAGCAGCAACAACAGCAGCAACAGCAACAGGCGCCCAAACAGCGCAACAACAAAUGCCCAUCUACAAGUUGCAGGCAGCAUUUGGCAACAACAAUCCGGACGUGAGCAACAGCAACAAUCACAACAGCAACGGCAACGGCAACAGCGUGGCCGACGAGUUGCUGUGCGUGGUGGAUGGGAUUUAUUGCAAGGGCGCCAGCUCGCCAUCGUCGAGCACUUUUGACGAUAUGCUGAGCAAACAGACGCUCGAAUCGUUCGAAACAAUUGCCUAUCGUCACUUGCAGCACCGCCAGCAGCAGCAGCAGCAGCAAACGGCGACCAAUUGCAACGGCAACAGCAACAGCAGCAACAAUAACAACAACAACAGCAGCAGUGCAGCUGCAACGCCCAACAAAUUGACGGGAAUUAGCAGCAGUAGCAACAGCAACAGCAACAGCAACUCCCUGAAUAGCACACGCAGCAGCAGCAACAGCUCCAUGCACACCAGCAGCAACAGUCACAGCAGCAGCAGCGUCAGCAGCAGCAGCCACAGCAGCCACAUAGCCAGCGCUCCAUCGACAACGAGCAGCUCAACAAUUCCGGAUGAUCUUAGCCUGGCGCCGCCUGGCUAUGAGCCGAGUAGUCAGCAGCAGCUUCCCACGGCAGGCAUGUCGCUGCUGCUGCCGGCAACGGCAACGGCACCGCCACCGAAGCAUCGCGAGCUGCCUGUCGAUGUGCCCGAUAGCUUUAUUGAGAUGGUCAAGGCGCCGCCACGUUAUCCGCCGCCCGCACAUCUAUCCUCGCGCGGCUCAUUGCUCUCAAAUGCCAGCUCCUCAAAUGCAACGACCCUCUCCUCGCUGGGCGUGGCAACUGCGCCUGCUGCCGCUGGCUGCGCGUCUGCUGCUGUUACUGUUGCUGGCGAUGCCCAGCGCAUUGCUGAUGAGCUUAAUGGCAACGCCAAGCCCUUGCCGCCGCCUCGUGAUCAUCUGCGUAUUGAGAAGGAUGGACGACUCAUUAACUGCGCCCCCGCGCCACAGUUGCCAGAUCGUCGCAUGCCCGGCAAUGGCAGCGGUGCUGCCACCCAGCAACAACAGCAGCAGCAGCAACAACAACAACAACAACAGCAAAUAGCGCAAAUUGUGGCGCCGACAUUAGAGCAGCUGGACAGCAUAAGAAAAUAUCAGGAGCAACUGCGACGUCGACGCGAGGAGGAGGAGCGCAUCGCCCAGCAGAAUGAGUUUCUGCGCAACAGUUUGCGCGGCUCACGCAAACUCAAGGCGCUCCAGGACACGGCUACUGCCACGCCCACAGCUAGCAAGGCGCUGGCACAGCAACAGCAAGCAACAACAGCAACACCCACGGCAGCAACAAUUGCCGGCGUGGAAAACGAGGCCUAUCUGCCGGAUGAGGAUGUCACGCCAACGGAGCACAUUGAUGGCUACGGUGAGCUGAUCGCGGCGUUAACACGUCUCCAGGGCCAAUUGGCGAAGAGCGGGCUAAGCACGCUAGCGGGCCGUGUCUCGGCAGCACACAACGUCCUGGCCAGCGCCAGUGUGGCGCAUGUGCUUGCCGCCAGGAGCGCCGUGCUGCAGCGCAGGCGACCGCGGGUGGCGGGCCCGCUGCACGUUAGCGCGCUGGGCCUGCAGAAGGAGAUCGUGGAGCUGCUGACGCAGUCGAACACAGCGGCGGCCAUUGAGCUGGGAAACCUGUUGACCAGCCACGAGAUGGAGGGCCUGCUGCUGGCGCACGAUCGCAUCGCCAGCCACACGGAUGCAACACCUUCGCCGACGGGCACAAUGCCGACGCCGUCGCAUACGCCAACGGUCACAACCACCACGCUCAGCGGCCACAGUAGUCCCGUGCCGGCGUCCAAGGUGUCGGCAAGCAGCAGAAGCAUGGCGGUGCUGCCGCCAGUGGUGCCAGCCUCAUCGGUGGCCCAGCGUGGCGCAAUGCCGCUGCCUGCGGCGGUGGCGGUGCGCGGCGAGUCGCCGCCUGGCAUGAGCGCAUGCUUUGGCACACUGAACGAUCAGAACGACAACAUACGGAUCAUACAGAUCGAAAAGUCGACGGAGCCGCUGGGAGCGACCGUUCGCAACGAGGGCGAGGCCGUGGUCAUCGGGCGCAUUGUGCGUGGCGGUGCCGCUGAGAAGUCCGGACUGCUACAUGAGGGCGACGAGAUUCUGGAAGUGAACGGCCAGGAGCUGCGCGGCAAAACGGUGAACGAGGUGUGCGCCCUGCUGGGUGCCAUGCAGGGCACCCUCACGUUUUUGAUUGUGCCUGCCGGCAGUCCGCCGCCAGGCGGCGGCCUUUGCAGCGGUCUGGGCAUGCAUCAUGUGGUGGGUGGCAUGGCGCAUCGGGAUACGGCCGUGCUGCACGUGCGUGCCCACUUUGAUUACGAUCCGGAGGAUGAUCUGUACAUACCGUGCCGGGAGCUGGGUAUAAGCUUCCAAAAGGGUGAUGUGCUGCAUGUGAUCUCCCGCGAGGACCCCAACUGGUGGCAGGCGUAUCGUGAGGGCGAAGAGGAUCAAACGCUAGCCGGCCUCAUUCCUAGUCAGUCCUUCCAGCAUCAGCGCGAGACCAUGAAACUAGCUAUUGCCGAGGAGGCGGGUCUGGCUCGCUCACGUGGCAAAGAGGGUGCCACCAGCAAGGGCGCUACGCUCCUCUGUGCCCGCAAGGGUCGCAAGAAGAAGAAGAAGGCUAGCUCCGAAGCGGGUUAUCCGCUGUACGCGACAACGGCGCCAGACGAAACGGAUCCCGAGGAGAUACUCACCUACGAGGAGGUGGCGCUCUACUAUCCCCGCGCCACCCACAAGCGCCCUAUUGUACUCAUCGGCCCGCCCAACAUUGGCCGACAUGAGCUGCGCCAGCGCUUGAUGGCCGACUCCGAGCGUUUCUCGGCGGCAGUGCCACAUACAUCACGGGCCAGGCGCGAGGGUGAGGUGCCCGGCGUGGACUAUCACUUCAUAACGCGCCAGGCCUUCGAGGCGGAUAUUCUGGCACGUCGCUUUGUCGAGCACGGCGAGUAUGAGAAAGCAUACUACGGAACCUCACUUGAGGCCAUUCGCACAGUCGUUGCCAGUGGCAAGAUUUGUGUGCUGAACCUGCAUCCGCAGAGCUUGAAACUGUUACGCGCCUCCGACCUUAAGCCCUAUGUGGUGCUGGUGGCGCCGCCAAGCCUCGAUAAGCUGCGGCAGAAGAAGCUGCGCAAUGGCGAACCGUUUAAGGAAGAGGAACUUAAGGACAUCAUCGCAACCGCGCGGGACAUGGAGGCGCGCUGGGGUCAUCUGUUCGACAUGAUCAUCAUCAACAAUGAUACGGAGCGCGCCUACCACCAACUGCUGGCGGAGAUCAACUCGCUGGAGCGCGAACCGCAAUGGGUGCCGGCCCAGUGGGUGCACAACAAUCGUGACGAAUCAUAAUAGCCUCGGAACCGGCCACAGCGCAUCUUCAUCGCCAUCGCCAUCACCAUCCCCUGCCCCAGCCACAGCUCCUGCCCCUGCCUCAGCCCCGCAUCCAGCCAAUUACCACUUACCGACGAUGAGCCAGCGCCCGCUUUGUAAAUACGUUUCAACUCAACCAUUUGGAGGUGGAGCAGCUGCUGUCACCGGAUCGGGACACAGGGCAUCCUUCCGCAAUUUGUAUAAUUGAGCAUAUAUGUACUUGCAUAUGUAUUUUGCCUAUUUACUUACUUUUUAACUCGUACUUAGCCCGUUCCCAUAUACUCGUAUUAUUUAUGAAUGUAUCUACGUAAAUUGUUUGUUUGUGGACAGGACAAACUUUUCCUAAUAUUUCAAGCAUUCCAUAUUUGUUUUUUAACUUCCUUUUACUUAAGUAUGUUCACAAAAAUUGUUAUUCAACUUUUAAAUUGAUUUUUUUUUAUAUUUUUUUUCCCCCAAUUUUUAUGAUUAUUUGAUAAGAAUUUGUUUAGCACUUCCUUAAUUUCAAGGGCGAAUUGAAAUUGUAAAAAAAGAAAAAUAAAAAGAGUUUCAGUUUUUGUAACGCUGGCCAGUCUGUACUCUAAAUCGCAAUCGAUAUCGAAAUUGAAAUCGAAAUCGAAAUCAAAAUCGAAAUCGAAAUCGAACCCCAUCUCGGAACACCCAUCCUUUAAUAGAACAAAAACAAUCCGUUAAGAAAAAGCAAAUGUUGAAACAAAAUAGCGUAAGAGUUGAGAGAGGGAAAGGGAAAGAGAGAGAGAGAGAGAGAGAGAAGAGAUAGAGAGCAGCCAAUGGAAGUGCAUGGGCAGAAGCAAGCGAAUGUUACAAUUACGUAAUCUAUUUACUUUAUAUAAAUAUAUACAUAAACUAUACAUAUAAAUAUACAAAUAAAUUAUAUGCAGUAAUGCGAUUAAUUUUUAAUAAAAAGCUACGUGAGAGCAGCAAAAGCAGGAAGAGUUGUAAACAAGAAUAAAACGAUGAAGGGGAAACAACAGAAUCAGUACGUCAUUGCCAAAUAAAACAGAAGAAAUACGAAUACGAAAUACGAGUAUCCAAAACAAAAAAAACAAAAACAAAAACAACAAAACACCCAAAAUGCAAUAAAGAAAAAAAAAUAA